AUGAUCGAUGAUCCGCAAACUGGAGGGCAAUUACCACGUGAUGGCAUUCAAAUUCACUACCGUAUCGUGGUUGAGGCUGCAGCUCCGAGUGGGGCUCAAAUUGAAGGGCUAUUGGUGAAGAAAAUGGAUGCCAGGGAAUACGAACCGAGUGGGGAGGUGGAGAGAAAUAAUAAAUACGGUAACACGUCCCAUUGCGUCACGGAUCGUACGCUGAAAAAGAUUUGUCAUUGCCUUGAGAUUGCG